UCGACACUCUUGGCUUCUGCUUCUCUCUAUUUCUUCACUACCAAAUUAACGGUGGUGCCAUGGGCAGACAACCCUGUUGUGACAAGCUGGGCGUCAAGAAGGGGCCGUGGACGGCGGAGGAGGACAGGAAACUUGUCAAUUUUAUCCUCACACAUGGCCACUGUUGCUGGCGUGCCGUCCCUAAGCUUGCUGGCCUCCGCCGGUGUGGCAAGAGCUGCCGCCUUCGCUGGACUAACUACCUCCGCCCCGACUUGAAACGGGGCCUCCUCAACGAGGCUGAGGAGCAGCUUAUUAUCGAACUCCAUGCGCGUCUUGGCAAUAAGUGGUCGAAAAUUGCGGCCAAAUUACCCGGGAGAACAGAUAAUGAGAUCAAGAAUCACUGGAACACGCACAUAAAGAAGAAGCUUACUAAGAUGGGUAUUGAUCCGGUUACCCACCAGCCACUCCAGAAACCUCCAGUUGCGGCGGCCACUUCACAGGAGGAAGCGGCAGAACCUAGUUCUGACGCUCAUGAAAAUGAUCAUGGUCGUCAAAGAUUUUAUUCCGGCAGUGAUCACCGGCAGCAAGAUCCGCCACUAAAAGACCCUGCCCUGGUGGACAAUUCUUCCAUAGAUAUGGAAGUAAAGUCGUCAGUAAAAGAUGAUUUGGCAACGAAUGUCUUUUGGGCAGAGGGUUUUGUCAACGAAAACUGGCCGCCUUGGGACUUUCUAGACGCUGUGGAAGGGUAUGGUGAGUUUGGAGUGUCUUCAACAUCAUCGGAGAACUCUUCAUGGUUGUUGGACUAUCAGACUUUCAGUGAGGACAUUGGUUUUGGCGACGGUUUCAUGAAUGAAGUUGACAUGAAUGUCAAGGACUAGGUAUGGGUGGAAGGUGAUAGACUAAUGGCAUAUUGUAAAGAUUUGUCACUACUUAGUCGUGUAAAUGAACCAAGAUGGAGAGCAAAUUUUCCAGUUGACUUGUAAAAAG